AUGUCGAAGUUGUUAGCAUCAAAGAUAAAGGUUGCAUUAAUCCAAUUGUCGGGUUCUACCCCUGACAAGACAGCCAAUUUGGCCCGCGCUGCGCAUUUUGUGGAGAAGGCCAUGACUCAACAUCCUGAAACAAAGAUAGUUGUUCUACCAGAAUCCUUUUCUGUUCCUUAUGAAAUGAGUAAGUUUCGGGACUAUUCAGAAGUAAUAUCACCAGAAGCCACUUCCAUUAGGGCCCUAUCAGAUAUCGCUUCUAAAUGGAAGAUUACUUUGGUAGGAGGUUCCAUUCCUGAAUUAGAUCCCGAGACGUCGAAGAUAUAUAAUACAUCUGUUAUUUUCAAUGAAUCAGGAGAAAUUAUUGGCAAACACCGUAAGGUUCACCUUUUUGAUAUAUCUAUUCCUAAUGGAAUCAAAUUUAAGGAAAGCAAUACACUAAGUGGUGGUAGCGAUCUUACUCAUGUUAAAUCUACUGUUGGUAAAUUUGGAGUUGGAAUAUGUUAUGAUAUUCGCUUCCCAGAACUAGCUAUGCUUGCAGCAAGAGAUAAUGCAUUUGCAAUGAUUUAUCCUAGUGCAUUUAAUACUAUUACUGGGCCAAUGCAUUGGCAUCUACUUGCAAGGUCUCGGAGUUUGGACAACCAGAUCUACACCCUAUUAUGCUCCCCUGCCAGAAAUCUCGAAGCAAAGUACCAUGCCUACGGUCAUAGUUUGGUUGUGAAUCCAAAUGGAGAAGUCAUUGCAGAGGCUGGCGAAGGUGAAGAGAUCAUAUUCGCGGACCUUGACCCGGCCGACAUUGAAAAAGCAAGAUCAUCAAUACCCGUAUCAACGCAAAGAAGAUUCGAUGUCUAUCCAGACGUCAGUGCAGGUUUGCGUACACCAUAA